AUGGCGUCAAACCAGGAUCCGAGUCAAUUCAAGGUGCUCAUUGCCGGCGGGAGUCUCGUGGGUCUCGGCUUGGCUCUAGCGUUCGAGCGCGCUGGGAUCGAUUACGAGCUUUUUGAAAAGGGAAACUUUGCACCGCAAUUGGGAGCCUCGAUCGGACUUCAUCCGCAUUCUAUUCGGAUUCUAGAGCAGUUAGGAGUGUGGGGAGAUAUUGAAAAACAAGUCGUACCCUUGCAGAACCGAGAACAUUACGACAACAAUGGUCGGUGCUUCGAGAAGUCUCAAGUUCUAGUUGAGAUCAAUGAAAUUCUGCAGCGUCCCAUCAUUUUCAUGGAACGAUGCAAAGCCUUAGAAAUCCUCCAUAGCCACGUUAAAGAUAAAUCGAAGCUGCAUGCUCAGACUGCCGUCAUUGGAUACGAAGAAACCGCCGACGGGGUCAUUGUGACAACGGAGGAUGGCGAGCAGCACUCUGGGCACAUCCUCAUCGGCGCGGACGGCAUCCACAGCAAAGUCAGGAAGUUGAUGGCCGAGAAAAUCAGCGUGAAGGAUCAAUCUCUAGCCCGAGAAAUCAACGAGGCCUUCACCAGCGAGUAUAACUGCAUCUUUGCUGUUUCCAGGAACGAUCCUGAGAACCAGUUCUUGCCUGAUGGAAUGGUUCACAAUGUGUACUACAAGGAAUACUCUGCGAUUGCAGCAGCUGGCGUGCCCGGGCUCGUUUUUUGGUUCCUAUUCGUCAAGAACUCGAAAGCCACGAAGACCCCCAACUGUACACGGUUCACAGAUGCGGAUGCAGAGGCAUAUAUCCAAAAGUAUGGCAGCUCUACACUCGGUCCGACAUACACCGUGAAAGACCUCUGGGAUGCCCGCGUAAAAUCAACAAUGGUCCCGUUGGAAGAAGGCGUGAUUAAACAGUGGAGCCACAACCGUGUGGUUUUGAUGGGAGACUCGGUUCACAAGGCCACAAUCAACCCCGGGCUAGGUGGCAACCUGGCAUACGAAGGUAUUGCUCGUCUCACGAAUGGCCUCGUACCUCUAUUGAAAGAGAGCCCCAUCCCAUCAGCGGAACAGUUGACCGAGGUCUUCAACCAAUAUAUUGCUGGUCAAAUGCCUCGAGCAAAGACCGUCGUCGAUAUUUCCGGUCAGAUCACACGAUACGAAGCGGAAGAUAGCUGGAUUUUGAAAUUCGCAGCCCAAAACAUUGUCCCAUGGUACCUCAUCAACAUCCCAUACCCUGAAAAGAGCUCGCCCAAGCUCUCCCCAAAAGAAACCCGGUUCAUUGAUCCCAAUACCCUCAUCCGAGAACACCAGUACCAGCCCAACAAGACGACUUGA